UGAGACUACAGUUCGGACAUGAUGGAUCGUAAAAAGAUAAUUAGAAAAUAUACUAAGUUACUUAUUCCACUAUUAGUAGAAGAAUUAAAUGAACUGCUGCAAACUGUUUUUAAUGAAUUAGAGGUAGAAGAUCCUGAUGAAUUAAGAAUGCUUUUAAGAAUGGAUGUACAACAUUUUGAUACAUUGUUAGAAAAUAUUACUCCAUUGAUACAGAGGGAAGAUACAGUCAUGAGAGAAGCUAUAACUGCAAAGACUAAACUACAAAUAGCGUUAUGCUAUUUGGUAACUGGCGCGAGCUACCGUUAUUUGCAGGCUUUUUACAGAGUAUCUCGGGCUGCAAUAUCAUCACUUAUACCGGAAGUCAUGGAUGCAAUAUUUACUUAUUUGGAAAAUUAUUUAAAGGUACCGCAGAAUAAUGAAGAAUGGAAAGAAAUAGAAUUAGGCUUCAGAACAAGGUGGAAUUUCCCUGGUUGCCACGGCGCUAUAGACGGGAAGCAUGUGAUAAUUCAAGCACCACCGAAUUGUGGAAGUGAAUAUUUUAAUUACAAGGGUUCCAACAGUGUGGUUUUGAUGGCUGUGGUUGAUCACGACUAUUGUUUUCGAUAUGUAAAUAUUGGGGCUAAUGGAAGAAAUUCAGAUGGCGGGAUAUUCAAAAACAGCAAAUUACGUAGUGAUCUUGAGAAUAAUUUGCUUCCAAAAGGAGGAUUUUUAGUUGGAGAUGAUGCGUUUCCACUAAAAUCAUAUUUAUUAAAACCAUACAGUGGCACAAAUCUUUCAACGAAACAAAAAAUAUUCAAUUACAGAGUCUCUAGAGCACGAAGAAUCGUCGAAAAUGCAUUUGGUAUUCUGGCAAGCAGGUUUAGAAUUUUUCAAAAACCCAUACCAACUAAUGACCAAACCACCGAUAAAAUUAUUCGCGCCUCAUGUGCGCUGCACAAUUGGUUACGUCUCACAAGUCCCGGCCAUUACUUUCCAAGGGGUUGUGUUGAUGAAGAAGAUAUAGAUUCGGGAUCCGUUUCUGAGGGGAGUUGGAGGCGAGAACUUAUAGCUACUUUGCCAACUAUCACUGAUCAUAGCGCCAACAAUGCAGCACGUACAGCAAGGGAGCUUCGAGAUAAAUAUGCAGAGUUCUUCAGUGGGGCAGGUGCCGUAUCGUGGCAAAACAGAAUGAUUUCAUAAUUUUAUUUAAGAAAUAGGGAAAACUAGGGACACUUCAUCCCUAGGCGACAUAUUUUAACGAUGUUAUAGAUAUUUUAAUCGGUAACAACAGUAGAAAUCUCCCAAAUGUACGGUGAACUGGUAUUUUUUCAUGAUAUUUGGGCCGAAAACUACUCUCCCUGAUAUUAUAUCAGGAAGAGUUGAUUAUUUAUUAAUUUAUGACCUGAAAUAUAAAAAUAACUUGGCCUCUUUCGAAUGUUUGAUAAAUAUUGAAAGAACCAUGCCCAUUUUUGCCCCAGAAACGCCCAGAUAAAGUAAAUUACAAGAUUGAGGUAAUAAAUAAAAAUUUGAAUUAAAUUGUUAAUUUUAAGUCCUAAGAAGCACUGGAUAAAAAAUAAAAAAAAUACGACUUUUUGUUGACCACCGAUCGGGGCUUUUGACAGAAUAAUGUUUCAUUCAUGCUUUUUGCAUUUAUCACGGUCUGGAAUCAUGUCUUUUGGCCGGUUUAUUCACUCGUUGUGUUUUUACAAAUUAUUUUGAAUAAUGAUAAACUAGUAUUAUAGUGUUGCUGUUUUAUUUGUAUAUUAAUGAUACUAUCGGUAAGAUUAACUUCAUAAUAAGUAACCGCAUGUAAAUUAUCUUACUAGUAAAAAAUAUGAAACGUUAUUUUUUUAACAUCUUUUAAGACUGGCAACACUGAUUCAUUCAUUCACUCUGCGUCUGCUGCUGUGUUUACGUUUACUCCGAUUGUGCUUUUCCGUUCAAUUUAAAAUCUACUUCGGCUACGUUUUAUGGAUAUUGAUAGUGUCGUUUUAUUCAGUGACUUCGGCUUUUCUUAUACGGACUUCGUUGUGUUUUGUGAUUUGGACUUUUCGUUUGUGACACAAAAUGUUGCGUUGCUUGAACUGUGGGUUACGCGUUCAACGCAUACAGAGGCAUGUUGUUACAACUUUGCCUCAAGAGUUGCUAAUUAUCUUGUCUAUUUGGCUGAGAAUUGAAUAUGUAAGUAUCAUUAUUAUAUACAUUCAGAAUCUGCAGGACGGUUAUACACGGUGUAGUUUUGAAACUACAAUAUAUCAGAAGAUUGUAAUAAAACUCAUAAAUAAUUAUGUAAAAAUACGAUACUUCGUCAAAAAUCAAUAAUACUUUAUAAUACUUGUUAUUUUAUUUUUCUAAUUUUAACUGAUUUUCAGAAUAACUAACAUAAUUACCUUCUGAAAUAUCGUGCAACUUCAAAACUAUACCUUGUAUAGAGUAUGCAUGCACGAUAACUUGAAACGUGACUGCGAGAAAAAUAUAUUACUUAAUACAGUCGAACUUCAACUCUUAUCGUGGACGUGUAAAAUAUUUUUUUUGUUUUCUUAGUUAAUCAUUUCUUAUGGUAUGUGAGACCUACUAACACCGACUGUUUUGUUUUCAGCUCCCUAUGGAAGAUGUAAUAUGUCAUGCAUGUUAUGUAUUCUUACAAAAUGCUGAUGUAAACACACCUAGAAUAUUAGGUCAUACUAAUAUCUGUGCUGGCUGUGGCUGUUCUUUGAAUGAAGCUAGACUUCAUUCUCUCGAAGAAAAUGGACCAUUAUAUGAUUUUUUUCCAUGGAUUAGAUCAGUACAGAAUGGAAGAGAUAGCUAUGCUGUUUGUCAUAAUUGUUGGCGGCGAGCUAGCCGACAAUUUGAACAAGAUUCUCAACGAGAAAUGGCUAUACCACAAUUGCCACCUGUACCUGCUCCUGCUCCAGCACCUGCCCCUGCUCCGGCACCUGCCCCUGUCCCGGCACCUGCACCUGCUUCUGCCUCUCAGCUGGGCCAGAGAUCAGUUGGAAUGGUCAAUUUACCUCAUUACAAGAGAGCUGCUAGUACAUCAAGACACUGCAUUUAUUCCGACUGCGGUUAUGUACCUAUGCAUUUAAUACCAACAUUUAUUAAAAAUAUGUUAAUUGUAGAUUACAACUAUUAUGUGCCCCGGUAUUCACGUGUUUGCCAUCACCAUUUGUAUUCUAAUACUUGGCGUGAAUUACCAGAACAAUCAUCUUCAAUAUCAAGUUUUAGUAUAAAUCAAAUAGAAGAUUUAGUUAAUAUGGCAAAACAAAAACUGUCACAUUUAAUUUUGAAUGUGUUGAAGAAAUGCCCAACCACAUAUGCCAUUAUUGGACUGGACUGGAAGUGUCUGAAUUCAUUAUUUUAUUUAAUGAGUUACCUUUAGCUAAUCAGGUACCAUCACCAAAAUCUGCUUUGGCUAUCUUUUUAAUUAAAAUGAGGACAGGGGACAGUAACAAGAGAUUGUCUUCAUUAUUUAAUAUACCUCGAUCAACUAUGGAGAGGCACAUGAACAUUGUACGCUUAUGUUUUAUGGAACAUUUUGUACCAUUACAUAUUGGAUUGCAGCAUCUUAAUAGAGAAGAUGUCAUAAGAAGAAAUCUGAGUAUUCUAAAUGCUUUGUUUGGCAAUCCAAAUGGCUCUGAUCAAACCAGACCUGCAAUCACAAUAUGUGAUGGCACUUACAUAUAUAUUGAAAAGAGUUCCAAUUAUUUCUAUCAAAAGGAAACUUAUAGUUUACACAAAUAUGUGAACCUCGUUAAACCAUUUCUUUGUGUGUGUACAGACGGGCACAUUAUUGAUGUGAUCGGCCCUUAUGCUGCCACUCAAACCGAUGCAGAAAUAAUGAAAGAUUUAUUUACUGAUGAAUCUGGACCCAUGCGAUCAUUUUACAGAGAGGGAGAUGUAUUUAUACUCGACCGAGGAUUCAGAGAUGCGAUCCCACUGUUGGAGGCCUGUAAUUAUAAUGUGCAGAAGCCUGAGUCGUUAAAUGAGGGAGAACGACAACUAACAACUAUUCAGGCAAACAAAAGUCGAUUAGUGACAUUAUGUCGAUGGGUAGUGGAAGUAGUCAACGGACGAUUUAAAAGGGACUUUAUUUCGCCAGGAUUUUUUUAAUAGAGCUCAUGCACAUUUAAUGAGUGAUUUUAAAAUUGCAGCUUCAUUAAUUAACAGAUUUCACCCCACGCUUCAAGAUCGGCCAGAUGCUUCUCUUAUUAUAGAAAGAGCCUUGAGGUAUCAACAUACUCCUAAUUACUUAGCAGAAUUUGUAACAAAUUAUAAUUUAAACAGGCGAUCGGUUAUGUUUAGACGCAUAGACGGCAGGUUUCCUCAAUUAAAUAUAUUUCCCGUAUUUAGUUACUCAGAAUUGAUUAUUUUCGCAUUGGGCCCAUAUCAGGUAAAACAAGCACGAUCAUAUUAUGGCGAACAUGUUCGACAAAAUGGCUUGUAUGAAAUUGAAAUAUGUCCUGAGCUGGAACACUCUGAAGAAAUGGUUGCGGCCGUUGGAGGAAAUAGACCUUAUUUAUUAAGGGGUCGAAUCCAGUCGCGCCAUGUUGGUCGGCGUAAAUAUUUUACGUAUAUUUUAAUUGACACUCAGCCCUCGAGUAGUAAUUGCUUAGAUGCAAUAUUAGGUUACUGUUGCAACUGUCUCGUGGGUAACAGAACAGUGGGAUGCUGUUGCCACGUUAUGGCCAUAAUAUGGUAUUUGGGUUGGGCUAGACACCAAGACAAUAUAUCGCCGCCAGCAUCAUUCUUAGACAAUAUAUUACUUGUAAUUGAAGAAUAAAACAUUUAACACUUA